AUUUUAGUGUGCAGAAAUGUGCUCUACAACAGUGUGGCAAAGAGGAUUUUAUUGGAAUUGAUGAAAAGUUUGGACCAAACUGAACCAGCCCGAAAUUUUGUCGUUUCCUAGUAGUAAUACCGGACCUUGUGACUCAAUAAACUACUGUAUCAUGUUUGAUAUUUACAUCACAAUUUUUAUUGGACAUGACAAUGUAAGCAGGUUUCCAUAUUAGUAAAGUGUUCCAAGUGAUGGUGAUGACGUCAUGAUCCCUGGAUUGUUGGUUGACCUCUUAUCUGCUAUCCAUGGAAGAAGAACAUGAUAUAAAAUCUUACCUGGCUAACAGCAAGAUCAAAGAAAAUGUGUCCUCAGCUUUAGACCAAGUUCUCCAACAACCGGUUCUACCUUACAACCCAUAUACAAGUCUGCUGAAUAGUUUCUUAAAGAACUCCGAGUACUAUGUCAUCGCUAAAUCCCACCUGCAAUUGGGAGCAAAGUGCCUGAAGACGAGUGAGGUUACGAGGUUAGGGACUCUGUACAAAUCUACCUCGGAUAUCGAUCCUCCCAUCUGGGGUCUGCAAAACGUUCUCAAAUGGGUUAAUGCUAGUAAGAUAGCGGAGAAAGUUAAAAUUGGAAUAGGAUCCGUUGACAUUCCUGAUGAUCUGAAAUAUGCAGUUUCUCUAGUUGCACCGAGUUCUUUCCACAAAUCUAUACUCGGGAACGUACACAAUGAAGUGAAUCUCCACAUAGAUAUUGUCUGCACUGAUGAUUCAAUUGGUGAGGUGGUGUUAAGAUCUGCUCGUGCUAUUGAGACUGAUUUUCUGCUGCAAGACAGAAAUAGUUGUGUUCCUUUAAUAUUGCAGAUCAGCGGAACCAGGCCUGCUCUGUUCACUGCUGAAAAUUUCGAUUUAGAAUUGUUUCAAGAUGUCCUUCAGAGUUCAACAAAAAUUCAGUCCUUUCAAAUGUUUAACAUUGCUGGCGAAUUUUUAAGGGUAUCAAAAAGCUUCACAAUUUAUCGUGUCUGGAAGAAACUUGGCAAACUAUUUUCAUCAAGCAUAGGUACACCUCCUCUAUUAAACAUUAUGAAUGGUGUUCUGAUAACCUCAGCAGGUGCUCUGCUGUAUGAGGACACUUUGCUACAAUCCACACUUAUAGAGCAAGAAGCUAUAGCAACUAGGGUGACACACAAUCCUGGUCCAAAGAAUGUGUCUGUACUCUUAAGUCUGAAACAUCCUUCGGUAAUCAUCAGCGCUGCGGCAGUUCGUGAUGAAUUUCUCGCUACCUCAGCCAAUAUCGACAUUUUAAGGUACGCCCAAGGGUUACUCUGGCAUUAUUUUCUAUCCGCGAAUGACAACACAGAUACUGGUAUUUUACAGGACAUUUUUAGCCUUCAUCGCUCUACUGCUGCUAAGUUUUACAAUCUUUCUCAGCAAUACAAAGCUCUUGAAACAUACUUUGUUCACUCAAAGGAAGACCCAGCAGAUAUUCUUAAAUCUGUGUCCCAAGUUUUGGGGAACAUAUCAACUUUACUCAAUAGUAUUUCUUACAAGUCAUCUUGUGCUCCGGUACAGAAAUGGUACGCUCAAGUUUUAGAGAACAAUGUUUACAUUCUGGAAGGAAUGAUUCAUGAUAAGACUCAGUACAACAACAUUCCUGCAAUUCUUGGUGUGGAGAAGGUGUCCUGCAGAGUAGCUGCUCUGUUCUUUCUCCCUCACGUUCUCGGCAACUUGGAGUGUCUGAGUGCUGAGUUAGAAAAAUCCCGGUCUCUCAGUCAGCUGAGAUUAGAUGAGAAUGCUCCCCCGGAGAUUCCUCAGCCUGAUGUUGAGCUUGGAUUCUACGAACUAAGCAUGAACAAACCACAUGAAUUUGGUGUUGAUCUCGUUAAAAACGCAGCUAAAAUCCAGUCUGCAGCCAAUAUGCACACCAUUGCAGUGCUCCUGCAAUACCAAAGUGAUAUGUACAUUGAUACAACUCUGGAGAAUGUAAUAAAUUCCAUCUCCAGUGACUUCCCCGCCAACCCAUACAGAGAGUUUGUGACAGAAUGUUUACUGUCCUCACACAGAGUUGACACAGGGUGUGUCCCUGAGAGUUCCAUCAUUCAACUACUUCGUCAUAAACCUAAGAUAAAGUCAACCGAGCACCAGAUAUUUUGUAUUGAGGGUAGUAUAUUUGGUUUACAUCACUCAGUUCUUCAGGUUGAUCCCGACGGACUUCACUUUAUUCUGAGUGUGUGUAAAACUGUGCAAAACAACCCUUUUAUCACGAAGAAAGAUGGUGUGAGAAUCAUGCACACUACCUUCCCAUGUGCUGAUUAUUUGAUUUGUGGACGGUUACGUCCUAUGAUAUACACACUCCGGUGUGAGGAGUACUAUGUAAUGAUUAAAGAGACCAAGGCUGCCAAUGCUGAGAUUGGACUCAAUUUUCUGACUGAGAUGAUAUAUUUACAUUUAGUUGACAUUUCUAAGACCCAUAUUGUUGUCGGCUAUUCAGUUGAUGAGGACGAUGUUAUUUUGUUGGACAUGAAUAAAAUUCAAGCAAGACCAUCUGAAAAAUCUGUGUUAGUUUCCGAGCUUCGCGAAGUGAUAGAAGGGAGGUCACAGUUAUCUGUGCAGUAUUUUGUGAAGACAGAUUUGGGACACUACGUUAAAGUUAUAAAAGAUAUCAAACCAAUUUAUGCUGAUCAGUCAGCUGAAUUGUACGAUCAUUACACACCGUGUAACGCGCUGAAUGCCAACUUUGCCGUGUUUUCAAAGCUGUACCCUGCUAACUUCUUCUAUGAUUACGCUGAAGGAAAGUCGGACGAAGACUUGGGUUUUGUUUUAGAUCACUUGAAUCGGACUAUUGUUGAGCAAAGUGAAAACUGGAGUGUUUAUCAGACGAUCCAACUGAAACACAUGCUGAGAGAGGAUGACAGUUUCCUCGCCAGUGCAUUUCACAUCGCACACAGCACCUGCUCAAGACUAAGAGGCCUGCAGGAGCUAAACGAGACCAUCAGUGAUGUCAUGAGUUUAGGAUCAAGAACAGGGGCGUAUGUGGACACUGAAAUUGUGAAAAAAAUGGUAGUUGAUCUCGCGACACAUUCUAAAGAGACUUUAGACAAUAUUGGUGCGGGUGAACUUCUUGGCAGAUAUGUGGAAACUUUUCUGAAGAAUAUUUACAAUGGCGGUGUCCCAGUGUUGGAUGAAAAGUUAGAGAGAAGUUUGAAAUCGUUGUUUAUAAUAUUUAGUUCUUUGGCUCAAUAUUUUGAAAAGGAGUUUUCGAAUUCUUCUAAUUACAAACUGCAGUCUUUUGUGGCAGAGGCCGCUGCUGAAUUGAAACUUUCUAGAUGAUCUGAUGGCAUACUAUUAAUUCAAUAAGUUGGUGAAAUGAAGAGGACUAACAGUUUUUUUAAUUCAAUUUUUUAUUGUUAUCAUGGAAAUAAGUUGACAAAUUUGACCAAAUAAAAAAUUCAUACUAUCAAUCUUUUAUCUAGAAUUUUAAUUUUUCAUUGACAUUAUGUUAAAUUUCAAUAAUUCACCAUUUAAUCGAACGAUUUUGAUUUUUCUUUCAAUUAAAAAGGACG